ACCCAUUACUGUCGUAAGGACUACUUGUAUGUACGUAUUAUAUGGUUUUAGACUAUAAAUUGAAUUUUAAGGUAACCUGCAAAAAUAUUUACAAAGCAAUGUUAUGAAUAAAAAAAAAAUCUCAAAUAAAUUCGUAUUAAAUACUUAAGUUAAGUCUUAAAACAACAACAUGGAGAAACAAAGCGAGAUCGUUGUCUGUGUACCUGGUGUUGUUUUAUUUGUAACAGGUCAAAGACUAUGUGCUUCUGAUAAAAUUAAUAUACCUGGACCUGGAACUUACGAACAACAGGGUUAUAUUUAUUCUAAACUUGCAGGUGUAGUUAAAUUGGUACCGCAAGAAAAUACGCAUACAAUUGAAGUCCAUGGUAUAACAGAACAAAGUAUUGUUCCUGCACCUGGUGACAUAGUAACUGCAAUGGUCACUAUUGUCAACCAAAGGUUUUGUAAGUGCAGCAUAAAGUGCAUAGGUGAUAUUGUAUUAACAAGACCUUAUAGAGGGAUUUUAAGGAAAGAAGAUGUUCGCGCAAUAGACAAAGAUAAUAUUCAAAUGUACAAGUGUUUUAGACCUGGAGAUAUUAUUCUUGCCAGAGUUUUACCAAUGACAGAAGCACACACUUAUCAAUUAAGUACUGCAGAAAAUGAAUUAGGAGUAGUAAUAGCACAUAGUGAAGAAGGUGUAGCUAUGAUACCUAUAAGUUGGAUACAAAUGCAAUGUCCUAAAACAUUACGUAAAGAACAUCGUAAAGUCGCAAAAGUAAUUCCUGAACAUAUUAUUACGGAGCAAUAAUAUACCACUAAAGUUACACUUUUUACUUUCACUUCCUGUAAAACGUACAAUUAAUAAAGUAAAUUAUAUUCACUGUAA